CUAAACUCUUAAUCCCUUCUGCUCAGUCCACACCUUUCCCCUGAGCUGCUUCAACACUGCCACCUUUGCCCAACAGACUGGACAAGUUGGGGUGCCUUGCCCACCAGCAAUAGGGACCAGAGCAGCUGACGCCCCCAAGGCUGCACAGGAGAUGGAUCAAGAGCCAGCCACCAUUGCCUCUACUGAAAGCUCCAUAGUGGUAGGAACAGAGCCAGAAACCACCUGGCUCCCAGCACAGGGCAACACAUGGCAGAUGCUAGAACUCGUGUAUGUUUGGAGUGAAAGAAACUCUUUAGGGGAAGAAAAAGUAUCUGACGCCGCCUCACGUCAGAGCUGAUCAGAAUUGUUUUGCAAAAGUGUCCCAGCAGCAACAAUCAGGCAGUGGCUUCCAGCUGCAAGAACUUAAGCCCCUCAAGCUGUGCGGUUUCCUACUCCCUUAGGUGUGAAUAAUACAGGCAAUUAACAGCCCUGGGUCUCCACCAGAAGCUCGCUCAAGGCUGCACAGGACUAGAAUCCAGCCUCUAUCUCCCUGCAUUCCUGCCACCCAUGCUCUCCUGAGACUCAGGUAUGAAGGGAGAGGAAUAGGAAGAAGGGACCCAGGUAGCCUAAGGGCAAGGAGACGCGCCCGUAAGAGGUGACAACUUGAAUGCCAACUCGGUGAACCACUCCUGACGGUGGAGACAAGAACCGCGAUACCCAACCUCAGCACUCACCCAAGCCUGGGCUCUGAGGCCACUUCACAUCCUUGGCCAUUCGGGCCAUACUUCUUAAGAAGACCCGCGGGAGUGGGGCGGGCGGGGGGGGGGCGGCGAGGCGGAGCAACGACACGGAGAGGGCCACUGACGCACAGCUUCAAACAGCGUGCCACCGCCAGCCUGCUGGGAAACCGCGCGGAGCAGACCAAUCGGGCUGGAGGCAGAGGCCGGUUGGCUGGGGAGUGCCGGGCAGGGCGGGAGGGGGACCGAGUAGAGAAGGGAGGGGCGCGGUGGGGCGGGGCGCAACGGCGGUCCCGUGGCCUAGCCCUCAGGCCCCACCCGCAGAAGCCUUGCUGGGGGCGCCACCCGAGCCCCCAGGGCCCGGGCCUGUGGGGGGGAUCCUUCACGUGACUCGGUGAUGCAGAACGGUUGUGACCUUCAGUGUACGUCUGUGAACGCGAGGGUCCCAGCAACUGUGCGGGUUUGCGCCCGGCCCUGCCUGUGGGUGCGGGGACGUGUGGGUGUGUGGGCAUAUGUGGGCGUGUUGGGGAGGGUGCCCAGAGACAUGUGACAAAGACCCGUCUCCGGGAGAUGGUGAAGGGGCCUGCGAGCUGGCGCUUUGUCUGGUUGUCUGCAGAACCGCGGCGCCUGCCUGAGCGGUGCAGGAUGCUUGGGCGCCAGGGUGGCCGGGGGUGCGCGCCCGUGCCAGGGUGAGUGCGCUGCAGCAGCGCUGAGGGGCAGCGCGGCGGGCCUGGCCGAGCCUCGGGCGUGACUAGGUGCCACCCGUGGGGCGCUGCAGUGGCCGCGUGUCCCCGUGACCUCGGGAGCCGGGCUAGGGCCCGGGUGGAUCCCCGUGCCCCUCCCGGCCCGCCCUCCACGUGCGUGUCCGCGGCGCGCGUGUCCGCCCGCGCGCACCCGCCUGCCUGUCGCCGCCACCGCCGCCGCGAACGGCACGGAGAAAAGGUGUCGGGAGCCGAGAGAGCCUGGGCCGAGGGCCCGAGCGCCAUGGGCCGGAGGGCGCGCGGCUGGCGGGCUGGGCCUCCCCCCGGCGAGAGAGCGGCCUGGAGUCGGCAGAGGCCGGCUGGGCCCGCGGGGAGGCCGGCCCGCGCCCCCUGAGCGACGGACACCAGGGCGCUCACCAUGGCCCCGCCGCUCCUAUUGCUGCUGCUGGCCAGUGGAGCUGCCGCUUGCCCGCUGCCCUGCGUGUGCCAGAACCUGUCGGAGUCGCUCAGCACCCUUUGUGCCCACCGAGGCCUGCUGUUUGUGCCACCCAACGUGGACCGGCGCACAGUUGAACUGCGCCUAGCUGACAACUUCAUCCAGGCCUUGGGACCACCUGACUUCCGCAACAUGACAGGGCUGGUGGACUUAACAUUGUCUCGAAAUGCCAUCACCCGCAUCGGGGCCCGCUCCUUUGGGGACCUGGAGAGCCUGCGCUCAUUGCACCUGGAUGGCAACAGGCUGGUGGAGCUGGGCAGCAGCAGCCUUCGGGGACCUGUCAACCUGCAGCACCUCAUUCUCAGUGGCAAUCAGCUAGGCCGCAUUGCGCCAGGGGCCUUUGAUGACUUCCUCGACAGCCUGGAGGACCUGGACGUGUCCUAUAACAAUCUCCGGCAGGUUCCCUGGGCUGGCAUAGGUGCCAUGCCUGCCCUGCAUACCCUUAACCUGGACCAUAACCUCAUCGAUGCACUACCCCCAGGUGUCUUUGCCCAGCUUAGCCAGCUCUCCCGCCUUGACCUCACCUCCAACCGCCUGGCCACCCUGGCGCCUGAUCCACUCUUCUCCCGCGGUCGGGACGCUGAGGCCUCCCCUUCCCCCCUCGUGCUGAGCUUCAGCGGGAACCCACUGCACUGCAACUGUGAGCUACUGUGGCUGCGGCGACUGGCUCGGCCUGAUGACCUGGAAACCUGCGCUUCUCCACCAACCCUGGCAGGCCGCUACUUCUGGGCAGUGCCAGAGGGAGAGUUUUCCUGUGAGCCUCCACUGAUUGCCCGCCACACACAGCGCCUAUGGGUGCUAGAAGGCCAGCGGGCCACUCUACGAUGCAGGGCCCUUGGUGAUCCUGUGCCCACCAUGCAUUGGGUUGGGCCUGAUGACCGGCUGGUUGGCAAUUCCUCUCGAGCCUGGGCUUUCCCCAACGGGACCCUAGAGAUUGGGGUGACAGGCGCAGGAGAUGCAGGAGCCUAUACCUGCAUCGCCACUAACCCUGCUGGUGAGGCCACAGCCCGAGUAGAGCUCCGGGUGUUGGCCUUGCCCCAUGGUGGAAACACCAGUGCUGAGGGAGGCCGUCCCGGGCCCUCGGACAUUGCUGCUUCUGCUAGAACUGCUGCCGAAGGCGAAGGGACUUUAGAGUCUGAGCCAGUCGUGCAAGUAACGGAGGUGACUGCCACCUCUGGCCUGGUGAGCUGGGGCCCAGGGCGGCCAGCUGACCCAGUGUGGAUGUUCCAAAUCCAGUACAACAGCAGCGAGGAUGAGACCCUCAUCUACCGGAUCGUACCAGCCUCCAGCCACCACUUCCUGCUGAAGCACCUGGUUCCUGGUGCUGACUACGACCUCUGCCUGCUGGCCCUGUCACCUGCUGCUGGGCCUUCCGACCUCACAGCCACCAGACUGCUGGGCUGUGCCCACUUCUCUACACUACCAGCCACACCCCUGUGCCAUGCCCUACAGGCCCAUGUAUUGGGCGGGACCCUGACUGUGGCAGUGGGGGGAGUCCUAGUGGCUGCCUUACUGGUCUUCACUGUGGCCUUGCUGGUUCGGGGCCGGGGAGCUGGGAAUGGCCGCCUCCCACUCAAACUCAGCCAUGUCCAAUCCCAGACCAAUGGUGGCACCAGCCCCAUGCCCAAGAGCCACCCACCACGGAGCCCUCCACCCCGUCCCCAGCGCAGCUGUUCACUGGACCUGGGAGACACUGGUGGGUGCUACGGGUAUGCUAGGCGCCUGGGAGGAGCCUGGGCCCGGCGGAGCCACUCUGUACAUGGGGGGCUGCUGGGAGCUGGGUGCCGGGGCGUGGGGGGCAGUACAGAGCGGCUGGAGGAGAGUGUGGUGUGACAGGAAGGGCAGCCUCUCAUGCCCUGAGGAAGGAGCAGUGCCACUGUUGGGCCCAGGUGGCAGCACCCAGCCUGGGUGGGCAGCACGGCCCUGGGCCCCACUCUGCUUUUUAUCCUCAGUACCUCAGGCUCCCCAAGUACUUGGUGGGACAGCAAGCCCUUUCCUUGGUUUUGGCCUCCAGACUAAAGGGACAGGUCCCACCAACAGGUGCUCAGAGCCACCAAGGCAGGGGCUGCAGCCACCAAGAGGGAGUCUUGUUUCUAUUUAUAAUAAAAUUGUUGGGGACA